UACUAAUAAUUACGUGCGGUAAUAUAAAAGUUACACACAAGAAAUUUACUUUGAUAACAUCGCAUGGGUGCAGAGUCCGAAACGGUUUGUGUGACCGGCGCGGCUGGUUUCAUCGGAUCAUGGCUCGUCAUGAGACUCCUUGAGCGCGGCUACACGGUUCGAGCCACCGUGAGAGACCCAGAGAAUAUGAAGAAGGUAAAGCAUUUGGUAGAGCUGCCAAAGGCGAAGACGCACUUGACACUCUGGAAGGCCGACCUCGCCGACGAGGGAAGCUUCGAUGAAGCAAUCAAAGGGUGCAGCGGAGUUUUCCAUGUCGCCACACCCAUGGAUUUCGAGUCCCAGGACCCCGAGAAUGAAGUAAUAAAGCCAACAGUAAACGGGGUUUUAAGCAUAAUGAAAGCAUGUGUGGAAGCAAAAACUGUUCGGAGGCUUGUAUUCACAUCUUCCGCAGGAACCCUCGAUGUUUCAGGCCACCAAAAGCCUGUAUAUGAUGAAAGCUGCUGGAGUGAUGUUGAUUUUUGCCGAACAAAAAAGAUGACUGGAUGGAUGUAUUUCGUGUCCAAGACACUGGCUGAGCAAGCCGCAUGGAAAUUUGCCAAAGAGAACAAUUUGGACUUCAUCAGCAUUAUACCACCUCUUGUGGUUGGACCAUUUCUUAUGCCAUCAAUGCCACCUAGUCUCGUCACCGCGCUCUCUCCUAUCACUGGGAAUGAAGCUCAUUAUUCGAUUAUAAAGCAAGGCCAAUUUGUUCACUUGGAUGACCUCUGCAUGGCUCAUAUAUUUUUGUUUGAGAAUCCGAAGGCAGAGGGAAGGUAUAUAUGCUCCGCGUGCGAUGCUACCAUUCUUGACGUUGCAAAAUUGCUUAGAGAAAAAUACCCGGAGUAUAAUGUCCCCACAAAGUUCAAGGAUGUGGACGAGAACUUGGAGGUAGUCUCUUUCACUUCCAAAAAGGUUAAAGACUUGGGGUUUCAAUUCAAGUACAGCUUGGAGGACAUGUUUGUAGAAGCUGUUGAAACAUGCCGAGCCAAGGGUUUGAUUCCUCUGGCUGCUGAAAACAGUGUCAGUGGCACAAGCUAAGAUUGAAAUAUCUCAGCCUCUAAUUAUGUGACAUGGCUUUUAUUUUUGUAAUCAAAAUAAAGAUAUCUUUCGAUCUAUGAGAUUAUGGAUAGCUGCUGCUAUUGUGUGUAUGAGCACGUCUUUUAUAUGAAACAAAUUAUUCCAA